AAAACCCAAAAAACAAAACAAACAAACAAAAAAAACAACAAAAAACGAAAACCCAGAGACGGAGCCAGGACUCUCAGGACAGCGAAGCUCGACAGUGAAUCCAGAGCACCGAGAUUUUAAGUCCAAGAACCCAGUCCUAGGACACCUCUGCCUGCCUACCAUCGAAGGUAUAUAGAACUGUGGUCCGGAGCUCUCUGUCACUGGCGGCGUCAAGCUAGGUGAGCGCCUGGCUUUCCCAUUGGUAUGCAGCGACCAUUUCCCUUCAAGUCUCAAAGGUGGAAACACUUAAAAGGAUUACAAGCGUGAUUUGGUGGCCUUACUGAAAGUUGGUGGCAUGAAGAAAAGAAACUGCAAGGCUACGGCAUGUUGGAUACAAUUCAGCCUCCCAGAGAGUUUGCACCUCCCGCUGGGCAGCCCCUCGGAGCAGAUCUCGGAGAUCUAGAGCGCUCUGCACCGAUAGUUUUGUAAGCAACUACGAAUGAUGAAACCUUCCAUAGCUGAGAUGCUUCACAGAGGGAGGAUGUUGUGGAUAAUUCUUCUAAGCACAAUUGCUCUAGGAUGGACUACCCCGAUUCCCCUGAUAGAGGACUCAGAGGAAAUAGAUGAGCCCUGUUUUGAUCCAUGCUACUGUGAAGUUAAAGAAAGCCUCUUUCAUAUACAUUGUGACAGUAAAGGAUUUACAAAUAUUAGUCAGAUUACUGAGUUCUGGUCAAGACCUUUUAAACUGUAUCUGCAAAGGAAUUCAAUGAGGAAAUUGUACACCAACAGUUUUCUUCAUUUGAACAACGCUGUGUCCAUUAACCUUGGGAACAAUGCAUUGCAGGACAUUCAAUCAGGAGCUUUCAAUGGUCUUAAGAUUUUAAAGAGGUUAUAUCUACAUGAAAACAAACUAGACAUCUUCAGAAAUGACACCUUCCUUGGCUUGGAAAGUCUGGAAUAUCUGCAGGCAGAUUACAAUGUCAUUAAACGUAUUGAGAGUGGGGCAUUUCGGAACCUAAGUAAAUUGAGGGUUCUGAUUUUAAAUGAUAAUCUCAUUCCCAUGCUUCCAACCAAUUUAUUUAAGGCUGUCUCCUUAACCCAUUUGGACCUACGUGGAAACAGGUUAAAGGUUCUUUUUUACCGAGGAAUGUUAGACCACAUUGGCAGAAGCCUGAUGGAGCUCCAGCUGGAAGAAAAUCCCUGGAACUGUACAUGUGAGAUAGUGCAAUUGAAGAGUUGGCUGGAACGCAUUCCUUACACCGCCCUGGUGGGAGACAUCACCUGUGAGACCCCUUUCCACUUCCAUGGAAAGGACCUGCGAGAAAUCAGGAAGAUGGAACUCUGUCCCCUGUUGUCCGACUCUGAGGUGGAGGCUAGUUUGGGGAUUCCCCACUUGUCAUCAAGCAAGGAGAACGCAUGGCCAACUAAGCCUUCCUCAAUGUUGUCUUCUGUCCAUUUUACUGCUUCUUCUGUUGAAUAUAAGUCCUCAAAUAAACAGCCGAAGCCCACAAAACAGCCCCGAACACCAAGGCCACCUUCCACAUCCCAAGCUUUGUACCCCGGUCCAAAUCAACCUCCUAUUGCUCCUUACCAGACCAGACCACCAAUUCCCAUUAUAUGUCCUACUGGGUGUACAUGUAAUUUACACAUCAACGACCUUGGCUUGACUGUCAACUGCAAAGAGCGAGGAUUUAAUAACAUUUCUGAACUUCUUCCAAGGCCACUGAAUGCCAAGAAACUUUACCUGAGUAGCAAUCUGAUUCAGAAAAUAUACCGUUCUGAUUUUUGGAAUUUCUCCUCCCUGGAUCUCUUGCAUUUGGGGAACAAUCGUAUUUCUUAUGUCCAGGAUGGAGCCUUCAUCAACCUGCCCAACCUAAAGAGUCUCUUUCUCAAUGGCAACGAUAUCGAGAAGCUGACACCAGGCAUGUUCCGAGGCCUACAGAGUUUGCAUUACUUGUACUUUGAGUUCAAUGUCAUCCGAGAAAUUCAGCCUGCAGCCUUCAGCCUCAUGCCCAACUUGAAGCUGCUAUUCCUCAACAAUAACUUGCUGAGGACCCUGCCAACAGAUGCGUUUGCAGGCACAUCCCUGGCCCGGCUUAACCUGAGGAAGAACUACUUCCUCUACCUUCCUGUGGCUGGUGUCCUAGAACACUUGAAUGCCAUUGUCCAGAUAGACCUCAAUGAGAAUCCUUGGGACUGUACCUGUGAUCUGGUCCCCUUCAAACAGUGGAUUGAAACCAUCAGUUCAGUCAGUGUAGUGGGUGAUGUGCUUUGCAGGAGCCCUGAGAACCUCACCCAUCGUGAUGUACGCACGAUUGAGCUGGAAGUUCUCUGCCCAGAGAUGCUGCACAUCCCACCAGCUGGAGCAUCCCCAGCCCAGUCUGGAGAUUCUCACCUUACUGGGGGGCCAACGAAUGCAUCACCUUAUGAGUUCUCGCCCCCUGGGGGCCCUGUGCCACUUUCUGUGUUGAUUCUCAGCCUGCUGGUUCUUUUUUUUUCUGCAGUCUUUGUUGCUGCAGGCCUCUUUGCCUAUGUGCUCCGACGGCGCCGGAAGAAGCUGCCCUUUAGAAGCAAGAGGCAAGAAGGUGUGGACCUUACUGGCAUCCAGAUGCAAUGCCACCGGCUUUUUGAGGAUGGUGGAGGUGGUGGAGGUGGAAGUGGAGGUGGUGGCAGACCCACUCUUUCCUCCCCAGAGAAGGCUCCUCCUGUGGGCCACGUUUAUGAGUACAUCCCCCACCCAGUUACCCAGAUGUGCAACAACCCCAUCUAUAAGCCUCGAGAGGAGGAGGAGGCGGCUGUUUCAUCAGUCCAGGAGGCAGCGAACGCAGAACGAGGGGGUUCUGGGACACAACCACCAGGAAUAGGUGAGGUUCUCCUAGGAAGUGAGCAGUUUGCUGAGACACCCAAGGAGAACCACAGCAACUACCGGACCUUGCUGGAAAAAGAAAAGGAGUGGGCCCUGGCAGUGUCCAGCUCCCAGCUCAACACCAUAGUGACGGUGAAUCACCAUCACCCUCACCAUCCAGCAGUUGGUGGAGUUUCAGGGGUAGUUGCAGGAACCGGGGGAGACUUGGCUGGGUUCCGCCACCAUGAGAAGAAUGGCGGGGUGGUGCUGUUUCCUCCUGGGGGAGGCUGUGGUGGUGGCAGUAUGCUACUAGACCGAGAGAGGCCACAACCAGCCCCCUGCACAGUGGGAUUCGUGGAUUGUCUCUAUGGCACUGUGCCCAAAUUAAAGGAACUGCACGUCCACCCUCCUGGCAUGCAGUACCCAGACUUACAGCAGGACGCCAGGCUCAAAGAAACCCUUCUCUUCUCGGCUGGAAAGGGCUUCACAGACCACCAAACCCAAAAAAGUGAUUACCUCGAGUUAAGGGCCAAACUUCAAACCAAGCCGGAUUACCUCGAAGUCCUGGAGAAGACAACAUAUAGGUUCUAACAGUAAAAGAAAAAUAAAUUAGUGUUUUUUUUUUUUUUCCAAAAGAAAAGGAAAAUAAAAGAAAUAUAUUCCUUGCUCCCUUUACACUUGUCCCAAUAACUCCAUUCUCACAAACUUCCCUGCCCUGAACAGCACUGAAACCGCAUGAUAACUAGAAAAUACAGAUGUAUGCUCUCCCCUCUCAGAUGUGAUUUGGAGGAAGGGCCAUACUCAGAUCAUUAAUCAAUGAAGUGCCUUCGCAGACUUUUGCCAGCAAAUGUUAUCAUUAUUUUUUUAUACUGAAACUUGAGACUUUGACUGUGCCAUGUAUAAGGUAUAUUGGGGAUCGUUGUAUUGAUCCUAAUUAAGUAAAACUCAAUGUGUCUUUUUAUUUUCAGUAUAUAUAUUUUUUAAUUUGUAGUUUUGUUUGACAGGGAGGGGGGAAAACAAAUUGAUAUUUGUGGCUUUCUUUCCUCUUCCCAUCAUGGCACAGAUUCUGUACAUGUAUUAACAAUGCAGUUUGCUGCAUGCCUGGAAACUGCAAGAUGGGGAGGGAGGGGGCGGGUCUUGCUCGAAUGUUCUCACCCACUCUUUUUUCUGUCACACACAUACCUACAUGCUAAUCACAAAUCCCUGCACACAGUUAGGUCCCUAAACCUGCAGCCUUUUCCUUCUGGUGUAGGAACACACACACACAAAUGUACACGUGUGCGUGUGCAUGCGCACACAAACACAGGUUCCCUAUUCCUUUUCAACCCAAUCUAAUUAUUUUGGGUUUGAUCCAUUCCUCUACUCUUCAUAGCUUCAUCUUCCCUUCACCCCUAGUGUACAGCUCUCUCCUACCACCGUGGGAAAAGUCAUAUUCUAGGUUGGAUCCUACUGAAGUGGAAGCCUGGUGGUUUAACAGCUGGAGGCACACCUAGGGAUGAGCAUCCUCUUUGUGACACUUCAUCCUGAUGCCAAGAUUUUUUGGAGAACAUCUGCACUUUCUUAUAUAUAUAUAUAUAUAUAUAUAUAUAAAAUAUUAAAAAAUAAAAAAGCAACUGGGUAUAUAUCACUAACAGCUUUGUAGGAAGCACUUUUAAUGUUUUCUCUCUCACACACAAAGAUUCAAAAGAAAUGUGCAUAUAUUUAUUCUGUAAUUUCAGUGAUUAUAAAUUGUAAAGGUAAUGUUUAAUCAUUGUAUAGUGAUUAUGCGUCUGGUAUAGCUUUCCUAAUAAAAAGUUUUUGAAAAACAUAAUACAUUAUAUAGAGGAUACCAAGCUUGAACCUUAAACUCCAGCUAUGCCAUGCCUUUCGUGCUCCCAUUUAAAAAAAAAAAAAAAAAAUCUUUCUUUUACUUGUUAUACAGAGAGCUAGUUUAUUAACAAGUUUGAUGCACUGUGAUGUUGAUAAAUCUUAUAACCCACCACCCCAUCACAUACCAGGAUACAACUGGGACUUAAAAAAAAUCUGAUUUAUGUAGUUGAGUUUUUUUCUCUUGGAUUAUGACUUUCAAAUUAAAAAACCCAGCGAUGCACCAGUUUUCCUAGGCAGGUUGUGAUUGGGAGAAAAUAAAGAAGUAGGUUUCUAAGAAGUAGAAGAUUAUAUAGAGGAGAUAAUAAAGGAAUCAAGGACCCAUGCACCUUAAGACAGUAAAUGACAUAAAGAAAAAGGAAAGUGAAAUUGCUAUUCUUUUUUAAAAACGUAGUAAAAUUACACACGCGCACACACACACCAAUCAAACUCCAAGGCCUUGGAGCCGAUUUGACUGUCCGAGUCCUGCUAUCUGUACAAGUUGUCAUUGUUAUAUUUAAGUACUGUUGUUUUUUUUUUCCAACCAUCUAACUAUAACUGGCCCCAGUCAGCUUGACCUAAGACAGAAGAUGCUGAAUGAGUUUUUCUUUCUGUAUGAUAUUAAAAUAAUGUUUAAAGUUAAUCUGACAAUAGUCCAAGUUAUAAUCCAUUUACAUGUGAGCGAAACCAAAGAAAAUUGGAUUUUUAAGGUGCCAGUAUCUUGUUUGUGGAGGAAACUAAACUGAUACAAAGAAACCGGAGCUUUAAGGCAGGCACUUAUCUCAUUUCGCCAGUAGAGGGUAGCAGAGCUCCAGAGAUUGACAGACCCUGUAGCUGCAGAAUUGUGCAGUGAGGCCAGUGUUCUAUUAGUUUUCUCAAGCUGCCCGUAGUAGAAAUUAUAUGUUGAAUGUAAUUCACCACAAGUCACCAAUGCCUUACAUCACUUUUUUUUUUCAUAAAAAAACUUGCAGCUUCUAAAGCUGUUACUGAUAUAAAAAUAAAGGCAUUGUACUUAAAAAAAACCAUGAAUGUCUAGAACAUAUUUAUAUAUCUCUUAAUUAUAAAUGGGUAUCACCGUGAGUAUGCAUAAAAUAAAAAACACACAUGUAUCAAUAAAAAAUGUAACUAUUCAGGGCCGUCUUACAUUUGGCACAUUGUACCUAAAUUUUCUGUCUUUUGUUGUUUGAAGUACAUUGGAAUUACUUCAGAUGAAGAAAAACCUAAUUCACUAUUUCUCUACAUACAAUAUUGAAAUGUAGCUUUUCUUACACAAGAGGAUCAGAUUUACAAUUAAAUAGGUGUCAUUCUCCUUUUCCGGUUUAUUCUCUUUUUACUUUCCCAUAAGUUAGCUUUUCCCUAGUUAUCUCACUUUGCUUAUUCCUUCUAAUCAUCCAUCCCUUCUUCACAAGUGAAGUCUUUUUUUUUUUUUUUUUUUUUUUUAAGCACAGGAAGUCAGUGUUUUAAACACCUUUAAGUGUUUUAAAAUCUGAUCUACAGAGUCCCUCUAAACUAGGGAUUUAUUGUGUCCCCAUUCCUCCUCAAUAAAAUACUCUGGUGAAUGGUAGAAAGCAUGUUCAUAAUAAAAAUCCAAAAUGCAAAGCUAGAUACUUCUGACAGUUAUCAUCAUCUCCUUAAUAACCACGCACACAUUCAUAACAUGGCAUAUUAUACAAAUCAAGUUAAAGUACAAUCCCUAAUGAUCCUGGUGCUUUUGACAUUUGAAAAAUGUGUGUCCAUAAAUCGUAUCAAAUUAUAAUAUAACCUGAUAAUUAUGUUUAUAUUUUAUUUAUUAAAAACAGAAAGUAAGACUGUCUUGUCUUAAAUAUAGGUAGUAAUUUUACUCUUGAAUAAGGAAUAAAUUUUAUUUAGUGAAAAUAAAUUUAUACGAGAAUGGAAUUUUGUAUGCAAGGAGAUAAAUUUUUGCUUCCAUGGAGUUUUCUACCCCUUUGGCUAGGCUCCUUAUUUUAGCUGUGCAUUGGAAUUACUCAAGUUAGCUUUAAUUUAUAAUACCAGAUAGGUUUUCAGAAAGUACCAAGGGUAUUACUAUAAUUUCUAUGAUUAGGAUUUGUUCCAUGUUUUUGUUGUGAUAAAAAUUAUUUUUGAGAAAAAGAUCGCUAAUUCACCUCAUAGUGAUGGCCAAGUUGACUGAAGCAGACCCAGAUCUGACAGAAAUUUGUUAUUAUUCAUUGCUACUUACUACAAAUUAUAGUAAUAAUAUUUGAAAAUAAUAAAAUGCAAUGUCUCUUUAACUAUAAAGAUGGUGAGUGGAAAAUAGUUAUAAGUGAAAUAUUAGUUUGACACAGUAACAGUUUUAACAUAUUAUUGAUCAUAUACA